AUGGUCGUCACGCGACGAACACCGGCCGCGCCACCUUCGCGGCAGCCUUCGACACAGGCCGUCCCGCGCACGGCGUCUGCCCGAGCGCAGAACGCGAGCAAGCUGAAGGAGUCCGAGGCCACAAACGGGGACGUUGACGACACCGCACCGAAGAAGUUCAGGAGAGAAAAGCCUAAAGCGAAGAAGGGGAAGGGGAAGAAGAAGAAAUCAAAGUCCUUGUUGGACGUCCUCACGAAAUGGCUACUCCUGUUCUUCACAAUAUACUCCCUCUCUGUCUGUCCCAAGGAUGAGAAGCUAGAGAGGCCGCUCUGCCGUGGUCUAGACGCGUACCGCAGGCUCGUACUCGAAGCCUACGUUAUCCCGGCCUUCCAUAGGGUAAUAGAGAACCCUUCUGUGGCGCCAUAUGUCGAACAGGCAAAGCCCUACGCCGACAAGGCCUUAGUACUAGCGCAACGAGCCGACAAUGCCUUCCACACGCAAGUGGUUCCCGCUUUCAACGCACACGUUGUACCCGUCUGGAACGACCGAGUCGUUCCCGCUUGGGACGCACACGUAGUCCCCCAAUGGAACGCCCACGUCAUCCCGCAAUACGAGCAACAUGUAGCACCACAUUUCACCAAGGCUCAAUCAGCCGUCGCACCGUACUACUCGAUCGCCUCGGAGAAGUAUGAUCAGGCGCAGAAGAUCUACAUUUCCCACGUCGACCCUUACGCACGUCAAGCCGGUGCGGCGUUACACAAAGCUCAGGUCGCAGCAACACCCUACGCGCACCUCGCAGCGCAGAAGAGCUACGAAGGCUACCUCGCUGCACGCCCAUAUGCAGGCCCUGCAUGGAUCAAGUUCAAGCAGCUAUGCUUGGACAUUCUUGCUCUGUUGAGGGUACAGAGGCGGCGCUACGUCGACCCGCACGUCGUCCAGAUUUGGAAUAAGGUCGUCGAGCUUUCCCAGGGAGCGCCUGUCCCGGCUGGUUCCACCACGGAUUCGGUCGCGAAGCCUGCGCCACCUGCCGAGGCCUCGCCGGCGAUCAUGAAGGAGGCGGAGGAGAUUGUGGCUGAACCGGUUCCGGAGGUCAAGCCUGUCGUCGAUGCCACGCCCUCAUCAUCGAGCAUCAUCACGUCGUCGUCACCUGCGCCCGCCAUCAUCGAGGUUGAGGAGAUUGGGCAGCCGAUCCUUUCUAGCGCUGUUCAGGCUGCGACGGAGGCGGCUUCAACGCUGUCAUCUGUCGUCGCAGAGACCGCUGCAGCUGCGACCGAGUCGGCCACCAGCCUUGCAUCUGCCGUCAAGUCCACACCUACGCCUACGCCUGAGGUUGUCGAAGUUGUCGCCCCCGUUGUCGAGGUAGUAGAAGACAUCGUCGAACCCGUCGUCGAGGCUGCGAAGCCUGUCGUUGAGAAGGUCGAGGAAGUCGCCGAGCCCGUCAUCCAGAAGGUCGCUUCUGCGACCAAGUCAGCGUCAUCCGCUGCAGCGCCUCUGGCCACCAUCGCAUCCGAAAGCGCCACCUCCGCGGCGUCCAUCGCUACAGCAUCGGCAGCAGCUUUGACUGAGUCAGUCCUGGCCGCGGCUGCUGCCGCAUCCGAGUCCGCAUCGUCCAUCGCAGCCCAAGCUACCCGCAUCACCAAGCCCGCUGAAGACCUCGAUCUCGACGCGUUCUACGCCGAGCUCGGCAUCGAGGAAGAUGAGGCAGCGGCAUCCGCCGUCGAGGAAGCUCAGGCCCCCCCAGAAGAGACGCUCACCCCUGAGCAGAUCGCGGAGCACGAGGCCCAGCGCAAAGCACACAUCGCCGCGAAGCGCGCUGCCAUCCAAGCCCGCCACACCGUCUGGGAAGAGAAACUCGAUGCGCUCCUUGUGGUGAAGCAAGAGGCCGUCCGCAAGGGCCUCGUCGCAGCGCGCAAAACCGCCGUUGUAGAGUUCAAGAGCGACGACGGGAUCAAGGGCGCCGUUGACGGGCUCGUCGCGGAGGCUGAGAAGUUCUUGGCUGGCGCCGAGGCGUUCUUGAAGAACUUGAAGAAGGAGGAGGGGAAGAAGGGCGAGGAGAAGGAUGUCGCGUGGAGCAAGGUGUUGAAUAAGAUUGAUGAUAAGUUCAACCAGAGGUUGGCGGAGACGGAGGGGGCCGUCAAUGGAUGGUGGGACGCGUACAAUGCUCGUGAGGAGCGCGAGGUUCGCGAACACGCAGACGAGAUCAAGGAUAUGGCCGAGUCGGCUCAGGCCGAUGUCGGGCUCGACUACGUAUGGCUCGAGGACGUGACAUACAACGACUGGCAGCGGUACCAUGACCUCAUCCGCCGCUACGAGCGCUUCCUCGAGGAUUCCCUCUCGGUCCAGAACGGCUCUCACGAUAACCCACCCGUGAACCCCGUGGAGACUGCGCUCAUUGACCUGGAGGCCGAAGUCAAGGACAUCGUUACUGGCUUCGAGACGCGGUUGAGGCAAUUGAGGAGGAGCGGCGCGAGGGCGUUCAAGGAGGACAAAGAUGAAGAGGAGGUCAAGGAGGCCGCGAGCGAAGAGCUGAACCUAAGCAAUGACGAGGAGAAGUUGUUGCAGGAGCCGGAGAUGGUCAGCAUUCUGCCGAUCCCGACGGACGAGCCGCACCCCGAGGCGAUCGUCGCACCGGAUGUGCCCGUUGUUGGGCGCGGAAAGGAGGAGGUUGAGCAGGCAUUCGCGAGGGCAGCGGAGGCGGAGGAGGCUGUUGUUGCUGAGGCUGCUACCGAGGAGGCCGCAGCGCCGGUACAUGAGGAGCUGUGA